GGCGCCGUGAGUGGCGUGUUAAUCAAGAACGCGAACCCGCUCACGCUGCUGGUCCAGCGAUGAUGUUGGCGUAGGCGCUGGUUUUGCUUCGUGUUCUACAUCCCGUUCACGGGCAGUGCGUGCGUGUACAAGCGGGAGGUCGUGUUGUGAACGCGCUGGAAAACCAUGCGCUGGAAAGUGAACUGACGUUUUGCAGCAGCAGCAACAGCAUCAGGAGCGGCACAAAAAGGCCCCUUCCCGUGCAGUAGCUAGAAGACGUGUUUGCACCUGCAUUCUGGACGCUCCUCCAUCGCUCACCUGUAGCGCUCUUCGCUGAAGUGCCUUCAAGCAUUCCCGACCGCCCCGUAAACCAUGCUGACGAAUCGAGCGUUCCGUGUCCUUACCUACCUGUUCGGUAGCAUAAACAUAUUCUUCGUGCUGGUCAUACUGAGCAUGGGUGCCGAACAGCUGCUAAUUGACUGGCGAACGGCAAUCUACGAGCUUGUGGUACCGUGUGCCUUAAACAUCUUCUUCGCCAUGUGCUGGAUCAUUGGGGCGGGCCUGUGGCGUCCGGCCCUAAUCGCCAUGUUCAAGUACUUCUCCUACAUCCAGAUGGCACUGCUGGCGGCCGUCAUCCUGUACUCAGCGUACUACAGCUACGCCAAAGGGCUUUCCUCCAAUCUGGUCACCGUGAUGUCGCUGCUGACCUCCCUGUUCUUCCUUUCCCUGAUGGAAGUACUGAUAGCGAUCGGAACGGAACGUGCCAUAGCGAAGGAGCGGAAUGUGCUGCGGCUAAUGCACACCGGGCAGGAAAUGUCCGACUGGAGUCACACGUAGAAAGUGUGUUCCUGUGGGGAAAGGAAAUGCCUUCUAAAGAAUAAUAGUUACAGCUUUAAGCUAUCGCUGGCCUUAUAUAGUCAAAGAUAUUGGCUUUUUUUGGAGAAGCCACUGUCGUCCAACUGUCGGCAGACAUUAAUGUGUUGCCUUACCGAAUGCCUUACAAGCAGGGCAGGGAUAAAUGUUGUAGUUUGAUAACUGUACCGCCAAAAAUACCUCACGUGUAACAGGUGUAAGCUUUAGUCUUCAGUGUUUAAAUGAUAUAAAUAAAGUGUAAUAAAUCGCGCAAAAUAUAAUCAAUCGA